AUGAUUAUCAACAGAGAAGCGGAACUUGUCAAUAGGUACCCUCUACCAGGGGACAACCAAGUUGAUAAUCCUGAUAAUAAGCUCAAGAAGGGCCUCGGCGUUCAUUGCAUGGCCAAAUUCAAGAGCCUUAACAUGUAUGAGAUAUUGGAUGAUAUGAUUAUUCAUUCUCAUGAUAGGGAAGACAGGACAGCGAAGGAACGUCCUUGUAGUAAACCCCAUGAGAACAACAUGACCUCUCGGCAAGAGAGAUAUUCCAAGAGAACAUCUCGGAAGAGAAGAGAAGGAUCCAAUAAGCAAGUAGAUAGAACUUUGCAGUAUCAACAGACGGAUAUCACUGAUAUCAUUGUCUCAUUAUAUCGCAUCUUCCCUUUGGCACAUUCGGCAAUUCGAAUAUCUUCCAUCUGGCACAUUUGGCAAUUCGAACAUCCUCCAUCUGGCACAUUCGGCAAUUCGAACAUCCUCCAUCUGGCACAUUCGGCAAUUCGAACAUCCUCCAUCAUGCCAGGAAACAACACCACAGAAUACCCACCUGCAUUGAGACACAUUGUUCAGCCCGGAGAGGAAGAUGUUGCAACAACUUCUGGCGGUGUACGCAUGCACGUGGGCGCCGCUGGGAGAAGGCAAUUCCAGGAGGUCUGGCUCUGGCCUGCAAGUUACCACAAGGAAAUGACGCCAGCCUACAACGUCCAAACACAUGGUCCAUCACACUCGACACAGUCUCUAUUACCAUCGGGUAUGGAACUGGAACCAAAUGAUGUAGCUGUCCGUAUGCUGGAGAUUGGCUUGGUCAUUGCGGACGAACCAGAUCUGUACGUAGACAGAGGCCAUUCACGAAACAAGUAUCGAGAGCAACAACGAAAGGAGCGAGGCAUCCUCACUCGCAAUUCAAACGUAUUCAGAGCCUAUAUCAAGGCAAGCGACUACAUUCAACCACAGGCGAAGACAUUCAUUGGCUGCAUGCUUUUGGACGGUCGCCUUUGCGCUUUGAAGAUCAAAAUCGACAGCAUCUUCUUCUACAAGGAAUUCUAG